AGGCAAGAGGCUGGGUUUGCGGGCGAGGAGCGUAAUUAUGGCAGCGCUAGCGGAGACCCCAGCACCCCCGACGACGACUACGAUCACAGAUGUUACCGCGCGAGCAACAAACGCGGCUGCAACCGUCCCUCCGGCGACGGUAGCACCUGCAACCCAACCCAAAGCAGGCCCGAGCGGCGCGACGCCCCCUUCCGCGACCGCACCCGGGCCGGCACGACCGCCCGCGCCGCCCCCGACCGCGGGCCCGUCCAGGGGCGCCGCGAGCCCCCGCGCGGCGGGCACCUCGAGACCCGGCCGCGCGCAGACGCCCUGCGUCUUCUUCGCCAAGGGGAGCUGUCGGAACGGCGCCCACUGCCCCUUCGCCCACAUUAAGGCGGAGGAGCUACCGGACGUGUCCAAGCUAGAAGUCAAAGAGGAACCACAAGCGCCGGACUCGCCGCCGAGGCGGCCGUCCGGCGUCGCCAUCUGCCGCUUCUUCGCGCAAGGGCUGUGUCGGAACGGCGCGAACUGCCGCUUUUCCCACGGCGAGACGAAACAAACAGCCACGGGCCCGGCCCUAUCGGCCGAGACCUCAUUACUGCUAAGACGGUUAGAAACGGGAGAACUACCGAUGUACGCCCUGGAUGUCGAAUGUGUGGCCACGGGCAAGACCCAUAAUGAUAGGGCAGUGGCGCAGAUCGGUCUCGUCGACGCGUACGGGCGGUGCGUCCUGAACGUUUAUGUGAAGCCGAAAAAAGAAGUGGUUUCCUACUUGACACCAUUGACUGGAUUGACGGCGGCGUUGAUCGAUGAACGAGGAGUCCCGCUCGAGGAGGCGAUUCGGGUCCUACGAUCGCGACUACCCUCAUCAGCGGCAUUGGUGGGUACAAAUAUCGGCCAGGACGCGAAAUGGCUCGGACUCACGGCGCCGGGCGACUGCGCGUUGCUCGUGGACCUGGCGGCGUUGUUCCGAGCGUGGGACGGAAGUAGAUACGUCUACUUCAGCCAAGACCACUGCGCCAAAGUGUGGCUCGGCGCCGUGCGGCCGCCGAACGUCGCCCACGACGCCGUCGGGGAUGCGGCGGUGUCCAUGGCUCUCCUGGGUUGUUAUAUGAGGAUGCCCGAUUCCGCGAAAGCCCAAUGUCAUGCGCGAGCCUUGGCGACGCCGCGCGAUCCCUCGUUUGCUGUCAAGCAUCCCUCGUUCGAGGGCGUGUGCCAAGGGAAUCGGCGGCUUUGUACUUGUGGCGCGCCGCACUUCUCGUGAGGUGUCGCGUCGAUAGCGCCGCCACGCCAUCGAGCAGUGCCGCGUCGAUGGCGUCGAGCAGUGCCGCGUCGACGUGGAACGCCCUCCACGCUCAGGCGACGGCGCGAGGACGAGAUGUCGCACCGCCGCCACGCCACCGAGCAGACGCGGCGCACCGAAAAAAAAAAACGUAUUCGUUCGACCUCUUGGAGGAAUACACUAGAAAAACCGACGGCCGGCGACGCCCCAUGCCGCAACAGAUAUGGAAAGGCCCGGAGAUAAAAAUAACUGACGCCCCGCCGCGGAGAUUAACGUCCGCCGCGGGCGCGCACGACGCCUGGGAGACGGCGCGCCCUUUACGCCACGACUAACUUACUGGCGGCUA